UAAAUGUUGGCGUGGCUAGAGUCUUUUAUGAAGUUAUUCUGCUUGAGAGAUGUAGAUGCCCUGUAUCCGGAAGUUGCGUCAGAAAGUGGUAAAUUCAAACUUCUGCAAGACGGGAAAGCAGGCAAAAGUUUUAGGGUUUGGAAUAUGCCUUCAGAAGACGCUGCGCAGCUGUUUAAGUACUAUGAAGUCUACGACACUAUUGGUUCAGGUGGCUUUGCCAAGGUUAAACUUGGCCGGCACAUCCUGACAGGACAGAAAGUGGCCAUUAAAAUCAUGGAGAAGAAAACCCUUGGGGAUGAUUUGCCUCGUGUGAAGACUGAAAUUGAAGCCAUGAAAAACCUGAGUCACCAACAUGUGUGUCGUCUCUACCAUGUCAUUGAGACCAACAGCAAGAUCUACAUGGUGCUGGAGUAUUGUCCUGGUGGGGAGCUUUUUGAUUACAUCAUUGCGAAAGAUCGUUUAUCAGAGGAGGAGACACGUGUGUUCUUCAGGCAGAUUGUGUCUGCACUUGCGUAUGUCCACAGCCAGGGCUACGCUCACAGAGAUCUGAAACCGGAAAACCUGCUUAUUGAUGAGGAUCACAACCUAAAGCUGAUCGAUUUUGGCUUGUGUGCCAAACCCAAGGGAGGGUUGGGAGAUGAGCUAAUGACCUGCUGUGGAAGCCCAGCCUAUGCUGCCCCUGAACUCAUCCAGGGCAAAGCAUAUAUUGGAUCUGAGGCUGACGUGUGGAGUAUGGGGGUGCUUCUGUAUGCACUGAUGUGUGGGUAUCUCCCCUUUGACGACGACAACUGCAUGGCCCUGUACCGAAAAAUCACAAGGGGUAGAUAUAACAAUCCUCCCUGGCUCUCACCUGCCAGCAUCUUACUCCUGAAUCAGAUGAUGCAGGUGGACCCCAAGCACCGUCUGACAGUCAGGCAGCUGCUGGCUCACCCGUGGGUAAUGGAAGGAUACAGCACCCCUGUGGAGUGGCACAGCAGACGACCAUUGGGUCAUGUAGAUGAUGACUGUAUCACAGAGAUGGCUGUUCACAUGAAGCGUUCCAGACAAAGCACCAUUCAGCUCGUGUCGGAGUGGAGGUAUGAUCAGACCACAGCCACAUAUCUGUUGCUGCUGGCCAAAAAGCACAGUGGUAGACCUGUACGCCUCAUGCCAGACAUAGCACCUCAAGACGUUCUCUUCUCACCUGUACAAGACACCAGGACCAUGAGGAACCUUCAUUUCAACGAGGAGGAGGAUCAGACUGAGCUGGUGGUGGUGGGCUCCUGUCCCACUGGCUGGUUUGAGAAGGACAAGCAGUGGCUCCCCCUCACCCCCAACAAAACGCACGCACCGCACCCGGGGGCCAUCAGUCACUCAGCAGAGAAAAGGCGGGAUAACAGAGAUCACUCCCCCAGAGACAAGCCACACCCCCGCAAACAGGAGCAACACCAUAGGGCCAGAGAGAAUAAGGAAAACAUGGUUGUGACCAAUAACAGUGGGGAUGUGUUUGCUCUACCUGCCCCAAGAACCCCAAUUAUCAGCAAGAAGAACCGCUCAAAGAAUGGCCCAGCCACGCCAAACACUUGCAACAGUAAUGCAGGCAGUGCCUGUACGGAGCAGUCUCGGGGGAGAGCACUGGACCUGCCGCUUUACACUACAGAACUGGAGGCCCUCGUGCUCAGCCCAGAGAGGAGGUCUCGCUCACUGGACACGGCUGGCUGCCAGAGUGACAGUGCACAGAAGCGUAAGGGAGGAAAGGUGUUUGGCAGUUUGGAGCGUGGGCUGGACAAGGUCAUCACCAUGCUCACUCCCAGCAAGAAGAGGGCACUUCGCGACGGGCCCCGUAAGAUCAAGGCCCAGUAUAAUGUGACCCUAACCAGCCAGACCAGCGCUGACCAGGUGCUCAACGAGAUCCUCGGAAUUCUUCCAGAGAAAAAUGUGGACUUCGUACAGAAAGGAUACAAACUAACGUGCAGGACCCACUCGGACUUUGGGAAAGUGACUCUGCAUUUUGAGUUGGAGGUGUGUCUGCUCCAGAAGCCUGAGGUAGUGGGCAUUCGACGGCAGCGGCUGAAGGGUGAUGCCUGGGUCUACAAACACCUGGUUGAGAGCAUUCUGUCCACCUGCAGUGUCUAACCACUAGCCGUCCCCUCUUUAUUUUAAAUGCAUUAUUCCGCUCUCAACACCCUUCUCCUAGGCUGUUGAUGCUAGACAUCUUGACUGCUAGGGCUGAUUCCAAAAAGAGAUGGAGCUAAGGGAGAUCUUAUGGAAGGAUAAUUAGAGACCCAAUUUGUUUUAUUGUAUCAUAUUUGCCUUCUUCCUCUGUUCAAAGCAUGUCUUGCAAAAAAUAUCUGUGUAAUGCACUACCUAGAGCUCUCAACCAGCCCAUGGUACCUCUGAGUUAAUUUAAACACAGAUCUUUUUUGUAGCAACAAUUUUAUUUAUAUGCACAUUUAUAUGUACUUACCACAUAGUUGUGAUUCAUCCUUGCAAAUCAUGUCAUUUCUUUGUACGUUCACUAAUUCUUUUACAUUUAUUAAU